AUGACCCCAAAUCUCAAGAGAAAGUUAGAAGACCAAAGCAUGUCCAACGAAGCUCCUCAAGCGAAGAAGAGUCGUCUGACGGAAGUUCCGAAGCCAACUCGAUGGAGCGCUCCUGAUUUCGAUCAGGAAGUCUAUACACCAGUGGAAUCCCUGCUCCCAUCACCUUUCGGCAACAACUUCCAGCCAGGCAAAGAUCUCGUCAAAACUCUCAGACAGUUUGGACCAGUUAUUCAAACGACAUAUGAAACAUAUAGCACUACUGAAGACAGACCUGCACUUCGUGAGAAUCUCCAAGGUUCAUGCAAUGACCAGCAGAUCCUUUGGUUGGACCCUUUGCAGUCUUUUAUCGUGAAAUCGGGCGAAACACUGAUGAUAUCCCAAGGCAAUGGCGAAACCAGAACUAUCAGAUUUCGUCGAGUGACCAGCGAGCUUACUUUCCAUUGGUUUGCAUUCGUGCAAAAGGGUACGGUUCUGAACAUCAAUGGACAGAGUUUCCCGAGCUCUCGCGAUUAUGUCGCUGGGCCUUUCCCGUCUUUUUCGAUCCUGGAGUACGAUCAACGUUGCGUCUUUCUGUGCUUGAGUCGCGAUGGUGUCGACUACACGCCUUCAAGCAGGGAAACCCACGAAACCACCAGUCGCAUGGCUGCAGCUUUCGCGAAAGAGCAGGAACGGAAGAAAGCGUCUGGAGAAUCUGCUGGUUCUUCCUCGAGUAAGAGCGGAAGCAGCAAAAGCGAAGCUGAUGAUAGUGGGAUCAAGCUGAGAUUCCAACCUGAGCGCCAGCCAGAGGAUAUUGAGGCUUGCGAAUACUUCCAAUGGCGCUUGCAGGAAUGGAAGACCCUUCGAGAUCGAGCUAAGGUCGAGCUCGAUGACCAAGCCCCCAAGUACCCUGGUGCCGACUAUCAAGAGUGGCUUAUGGACAGCGUCGUGUACCGAGCCAUCGCCUCGGUCACUACAGCGAUCGAGUUGGAGAAUGACGUCCCCUUUGCUCAAAUCGACGAGGCUAGUUACCAGCAGGCAAGGCAUGCUAUCAGACCCCAAGGUUACGACAACUCUGUAAUCGGCCCUAGAGCCGAAUUUUUGCUACCAUUCAACUCGGACAACAGAUCUAAUGGCAGCCACUGGGUCCUCGUCCAUGCCAGAAUGACCGAGACUGGACCCGAGAUCCACUGUUACAACAGUUCUGGCAUUACAAACCACUAUGAUAGUGCCAUCAGGCUGACCCUACGCUACUCACUAUGGUACGGUGCUUUGGAAAACCAGCCCGGAUUGACCGAAGUCACUCAUCAUGCAGUACCGAUUCAACCAGGAGGUUGGGAAUGUGGCUACUUCACCAUCAUGAAUGCCUGGUGUCUGGCCUUGGGUAUGACGCCCAGCGCCGAACUCGGUACUUCCAUGUCCAAAGUCAGGAUACUGGAUCUCAUCGAUAUGAUCAACCUCUCCAUGUCCGGUUUCAUGGACUCUGCCACUAUUCAAGCAUUCAUGCGCUGUACUGAUUUCGUUGAACAAGGAUCAGACACCAUCGCUGGCGAUCGCCACUUUACCCGCAGCGUUCCUUUCUUGAAUCAAAGCGGCAUGAACAAAUAUAUCAGCAUGCGCAGGGAUAUUGAACAGCACCCCAACUCGGGCACCAAACGACUCGACAUCGAAACCAUUCGCUACAUACUCCGCUACACUGGUCACGAAGUCGAAAAUCUCGGGGCCGAAGCCAUACUCGAACGCUUCGACAAAUGGCUAAAAGAUAACAACAUCAUUGAAGCUGAACCCACAAGCCCCUUCAGCCCCAUCAGUCCAAAAACCAUCGAGAUGUGUUUCACAAGCGUCACUGUACACGAAACUCAACAAGUUCCCGUUCCCUGGCCAACAGAAGUCAAAGCCCUGCGUAAGGUCUGGAGAGUAUACCACAAACUUCUCAAGCGAGAGGGCUUGUUGGCCUGUCCUCUUGAGGAUAGAGCUGCCCAGAAGGAGGCAGGGGCGCCCUCGACUCAGGAGGGUGUGCCACGUGAUGAUACCUAUUACCCCUAUGAAAGUGCGAAGAUCGUCACACUUGACAGACUGGGUAUGUUGCCUUCUACAGAUGUUCUUUCGCCGACCGAAUUGGCUGGUAUCAGGACGAAGAAGUCGCCAGUCAAGAUCAUACUGAGGGCGACCAGAUAG